AAAUGAACUUAGUUAGGGUUUCUUCCUCACCUGUUUUGUUUCUUACUUUCUCUUUCUUCCCGUCGGCCGUCGAGACUCAACUGAGAGACUGAGAGUUUGAGAUUGCCUCCUCCGGCCAUUGCCGUCGCCAUCGGCUGCCUUCUCCGGUGAUCGGUCCUCCCAGUUGGUCAUCGCCGACGCCGUCGCCCGUCGCCCAUCCAUUGCCUUUUCCGGUUCUCCCCGUCGCCCAUCGGCUGCAUCCUCCAGUCCAUCCGUCGCUGUCCCCGUCGCCCAUCGGCUGCAUCCUCCGGUCCGUCCAUCGCCAUCCCCGUCGCCCAUCUGUUGUCCCCCCCGUCCGUCCUUCUUGCAGUUAUGUCGCACGGUAUCUCUGACAGAGAAUAUUGUCCAACUUCUAAUAUGGAAUCAUUAAAAUCAUCUACCGAGAGAGAAGCUGUCUCCAAGAGAAAAAAGACUUCAAAAGUAUGGAUUGAUUUUAUAUUGGUUACAUAUAAAGGAGAAGAUUUUGCAAAGUGCAAACAUUGUGGAGAACAAUUGAAAGCAAGCAGUGGUCAUGGAUCUAGCCAUUUAAGUCGACAUAUAAAAUCUUGCUUAAGUAGGCAAAUCAAUGAAGGAAAACAAAGAACUUUAGCUCUUGCAGUCAAUGAUUCUGGUGCCGCUUCUGUAUCUAUACAAAAAUUUGACAUGGAGUCUAUUAAAAAGUUGAUGUCAAAGUGUGUAAUAGCACAUGAGCUUCCGUUCAAUUUGGCAGAAUAUAAAUAUCAUAAUAAACUUCUUCAAGCUUGCAAUCAUAGGUUCGUUCCAUUUUCUAGAAGAAUUAUGAAAAGAGAAAUUAUGUCAAUGUACAAGAUUGAGAAAGCCCGACUUGAAGGAUUUAUAAAUGAUUCUACCCAGCGAGUUCCAUUGACAUUUGAUAUGUGGACUUCACAGCAGACAUUGGGUUAUCUAUGCAUGACAUGACAAUAUGUUGAUAGAUAUUGGAAGUUGCAUGCUCAUAUGUUUAGUUUUGUACAUGUACCUCCGCCACAUAAUGCAAAUAGUUUGUGUGAGGCUUUAUUAGAUUGCAUCUCUAAAUGGAACAUUCAGUCAAAGUUGUUUUCUAUUACUGCUGACAAUUGUUCGACGAAUGAUAGUGCAAUAACUACAUUGAAAAAGAACUUAGGAAGAAGACAUCUUAUUCCAAUGCAAGGGCAACAUUUGCAUAUUCGUUGUGGUGCACAUAUUCUAAAUCUUAUGGUUCAAGAUGGUAUGCAAGAUUUGCAUGAUACAAUUUCAAAAGUUCGUGAAAGUGUUAAAUAUGUAAAGGGAUCACCAAAGCGGUUACAUUCCUUUAAGGAUUGUAUAAGAACAGUGGGCUUGAUUGGUAAAAAAAAAUUAACCUAUGAUGUUCCAACUCGAUGGAACUUACAUAUAUUAUGUUGAGAGAUGCAUUGUUCUACAAAGAUGCAUUUCAACAUUUGGCUUCUGUGGAUCCCAAUUAUAUAAAUUUACCUUCUGAGGAUGAAUGGUGUUAUGCAACUACCUUGUGCCAAUUUUUAAAGUUAUUCUAUAAUGUUACAAAUAUCUUCUCUGCUACUAGAAAUGUAACAGCUAAUGUGGUUUUUGAAGAAAUACAGAAGGUACGCAACCAUUUGCGUACACAUAGUGUGGCAGACAAUGAUUAUAUAAGAUCAUUAGCCAUCAAAAUGCAAGAAAAAUUUGACAAAUAUUGGAAAAAUGACUACAAUGUCCUCUUUGCAAUUGCAUUUGUCUUAGAUCCCAGGUCCAAAUUGGGAUAUUUGAAGUAUGUGCUUGAGAAUUUAAAUGAACGUGAUGCAAUGGUACAAUAUGAAAAAGUAGAGAGAAGUCUUCAUGAAUUGUAUGCUGAGUACAAAAAUGUGUAUGCAACAUAUGAUGAAGAAAAUGAUAAUGCAAACAACACCAAUGUGGAAUUUGAAGAAGAAAGACCUUCAGCUUUUUCAAGAGAUGCUUUCUUCACAUAUUACAUGAGUUCUGUAUCUCCUCAAGUACCUCGCACAGAUUUGGAAGCAUAUUUAACUGAUCCAAUAGAACGACCUUGGCCCAAUGAAAACUUCUGUAUAUUAAAUUGGUGCAAGGCAAAUGAAAGUAAAUAUAGAGUUUUAUCCAAAAUGGCUCGAGAUAUAUUGGCAAUCCCUAUAUUCACGGUUGCAUCUGAGUCUUCAUUCAAUACAGCUGGAAGAAUUAUUAAUGAUUAUCGAUGUUCUACCACUCCUGAAACUGUUGAAGCGCUAGUUUGUACACAAAGUUGGAUUUGUGAUGAAGAUAACUCAUGCGAAAUUUUUGAAGAUAAGGAGGACUCUUCUGGUGACGAAUUAGCAUGA